AUGCUGUUUUUCGCGCUCGUUCUGAUCCUCUGGCAUCUACGGGGCUUCAGAUUCCUCUCAGUCUUCUACUGGUUUCCGCCUGACGAGGAGGAUUACGAAACCCCCCCUGGGACCACCUGGGUAGAGCUUGUAGCGCUCUCUCUCCUCCUGCUGGGCGCUGCUGCUGCCCUCCGCUCUGCAUUCCCCCGUUUUUUUGACCGCCUGGCGCUCCUGCUGCACACCGCGUUCCCCCGCUCCCGGCUCUUAGUUAAAAGGCUGCGAGGGACAGGAGGCACGGGGAACUACUCUGCUCUGGAUAAGAAGUUUGCAUCUAGUGGGGGCGGCAGCUGGGAAUAUCUAGGUGGCACUGGUGCAGCCGGUGAGAGAGACAGAGACAGGGAGGGUGGUUCGGAUAGUGGGGGUGGGGAGGGGUCUUCCACAGCAGCUGCCGGACCUGCCGGUGCGGCGGGUCUUUCGUCUCGUAGCGCCUCCCGGGCGGCAUCUGGGUGCGGGAUCCACGUGUAUGCCAAUGGGGACCGGUACGAAGGAGAAUUUUACCAGGGCAGAUGCUCGGGCAGCGGCGUGUACAUUUUUUCAGGCAGCGGGCGGUAUGAAGGCGACUGGGUGGACGGAAAAUACGAUGGGUAUGGGAUUGAGACGUGGUCGCGGGGGAGUCGGUAUCGUGGGCAGUACAGGAAGGGGUUGAGGGAGGGGUAUGGGGUGUAUCGGUUUUAUACCGGGGAUGUUUAUGCGGGGAUGUGGGCGAAAGGGCAGAGCCAUGGGGUGGGCGUGCAGACGUGCGGCGAUGGCAGCAAGUAUGUGGGCGAGUUUGCUUGGGGCGCCAAGCAUGGAUUCGGCAAAUAUACCUUCAGGAACGGUGACACGUACGCAGGAGAAUACUUUGCGGACCGCAUGCAUGGGUACGGCGUGUACGAGUUCAGCAACGGGCACCGGUACGAGGGUGCGUGGCACGAGGGGCGCAAGCAGGGCCUGGGCAUGUACACCUUCCGCAACGGCGACAUGCGCGCCGGCUACUGGCACCUUGGUGCCCUCGAAACCCGCAGCACCAACACCCUCCCCGCCUCGCCCACUGGGAGUGGCGCGGGUGGAGGAGGGACGGUGGGGGGUGGUGGGGGGGGUGGGAGUGGAGGGGUUGGGAGUGUUGGGGUUGGAGAGUUGUUAGGAGGAGGUGGGGGCGGCAGUGGGUUGGUGUCGCCGGUACGGACUCCUUUGUCUGCUGGUGGGAUGGGGCUGUCCACGCCACUCACUCCGCACACACCCCACUCUGCCUCGUCGCCCAACGCUGUCAACCACUCCCGCGUGCUGCAUGCCGUUCAGGAAGCACGCCGGGCAGCAGCAAAGGCGGAGAAUGUGUUGAGAGUGGAUGACCGGGUGUCUAAGGCCGUGUCUGCAGCCAAUCGAGCAGCCGUGGCAGCUCGAGUAGCAGCUCGCGGCGUUCGACGGGGGCUCGUCGUUUGGAGGGAGCGAUCUCGUUUUCUCAGCAGACAAGCCUUGGACAGCGGAUCAAUACGCGGCGUAUCUCGCGCGCGCUGCCCCGUCAACAAGUCGCAUGUCGCGGUUAGCAAGCGAUCAUCAUCACUCCCACUCGCUACGGUCGCCAGGCGCUCUCUCCCACUCACUGCUGUCGCCGGCUUCCCGUGCAUCUCCUCUACACUCGCCGUCGCUCCAAGCGUCGCUGCUGUCGUCGCGGCAAUUCCGGUCCUUAUCAAGCUCUUGAGCGGGGGGAAUCUACAACAAGGCCAACACACUGAACUAGACACACGAUACAGGUUACUCCCUUGUUGCUUGUUGUAG